UGUAGUUCUUGGCUCCACUCACGAGCAAGGGAAGCUCGAGUUACUUGCGCCCUGGUGCUGUGCUAGGCGGAGCCGGUCAAUCAAAGGGCGUGGCAUCUCGGCUGCCUAUAUGAGAUAGCUGUGCAGUCCACGUCCGUGUGACCAACCGCCUCACAACACCACCGACUUGUGGUAUGACUUGCCAUUGUAUACCCCCUCGCGACUCCCCGUCUCAGAUCUCUGGACCUACUCGCCGGCCAUCACCAUCACCACCACCGUUACCAACAUAAACCCAUCCCAGAAUACGAGACACCACAAAAUUAACAAGAAGAAAACAACACAAAAUGCCGUACCACCUCCACAUCACAAACAAGAACUACUCCUCCUGGUCCCUCCGCCCCUGGCUCCUCCUCCGCCAACUCAACAUCCCCUUCACCGAAGAAUACCACCCCCUCAUCUCCGGCACCUUCCGCCAGCCGCAAUGGCACGCCUUCUCCCCCGUCGCCCACGUCCCCUGCCUGCACGUCCUCCCGAACAACCCCCUUUCCUCCUCCACCACCACCACCACCUCACCCUCCGCUACCACCCCCCCUAACGGUCCUGGUAACGAUGGCGAGGAGGAACCCCUCAUCCUCUGGGACUCCCUCGCCAUCACCGAGCACCUCGCCGAAGCCCACCGCGACAAGCCCGUCUACCCGUCGGCGCCCGCCGCGCGCGCCUGGGCGCGCUCCGCCGUCGCCGAGAUGCACGCCGGGUUCCCUGCCGUGCGGCGCACGCUGGGGUUCAACGUCGGGGUGCGGGUGGCGCUGGCGGAUAGCGUCUUUGAGGAGGGGGAGGAUGGAGGGGAGGAGUUGGCGAGGGAGUUGAAGAGGGUGGAUGAGUUGUGGAGGGAGGGGCUGGAGCGGUUUGGGGGGCCGUUUUUGGGCGGGAAGGAGUUUACGGCGGUGGAUGCGUUCUUUGCGCCGGUGGUGUUGAGGGUGCAGACGUAUGUUGGGGUUGGGGAGAGGUUGAGCGGGCGGGCGAGGGGGUAUGUGGAGAGGAUGUUGGAGGUGGAGGGGGUGAGGGAGUGGGUGGGGGCGGCGUUGAGGGAGACGGGGAGGGAGGUGGUGCAUGAGAGGGAGAGUGUGGAGGGGGAGGGGAAGAGGUUGGUGGCUGAUCUGAGGGCGACGUGAUGGGGUUGAUGGGGUUUAUUAUACUGUGAUUCGGGUUGGACCGGAAUAGUGUUUGUAGUGGAUGAUGUUUGUUGGUAGUUAUUCAAUAUAUGGUCUUGAUUCCUGUGGGACGGUAUACAGAAGACGCUACCAAAAGAAUUGGCUCACCGCCUUCCGGAUUCCAGUGGUUCUGCUUGGCAGAAAAAGGCCCAUAGACACUAACAGUUUAACGGGCGGUGAGCCAGUUCUUUUGGUAGCGUCAUCUGUAUACCCCUUUCUUUCUCUGGACAGUGAAGAAUAUUCGAAGG